AAUAAUAAUAACCCAAACAAUAACAUUGUCCCAUGAAUCUCAUGAUGAUAUUGAUAUAUUAUGAUUAAAAAUUAACAAAUAUGUAAUGAUUGUAAUGAUUAAUCUCAAAUCAUCAGUAUAUUAUUGUACAUAGUGUAUUAAUAAUAUCAGAAGUUCAAAAUAAAGGUUCUAGAGAAAUAUAAUUGAGCAAUGACUUCAUUACAAGAAUGUCUUCAGAUGAAAAAAGAGACUAUGGACAAAUGGUCAGUGCGAGAGCUCUUGUGCCUGGCCUCGGCGGUAUGUCGAAAUGGAGAUCAAAACUGGAUAUCAGUCUCCAGAGCUAUGAAACCCUUUGGAGAACCUAAUAGACCCUCAGACUGGUUUCACCAAAAGAAUUGUGCUGCACAGUAUGCAACACUUCUUGGGAAUGUUGAUACCCCGAAAAGAAAAAAGAGAAUUUCCAGUGCAGAAGCCACUGUUGAUACUCCAACAGAUAAUAUAUUUCAACGCCUAGUUGCAGAGCGCCAAUCUGAAUUGAAGAAACUCCUUGCUGAAGAAAGAAAUGAGUAUCUCAAACUACAAGAGGAUAUGGCACUGUUACAAUCAGGAAAGGUAUCUGAAGAACAGUUAGAUAUUUGGUGCAAGGAAAUUGAAGUUGAAGAGUACAAGAAAGAACAGGAAUCUAUUGCUCAAGCUCAGUGGUUCAAAGAAAGAGAGCAAAGAAAACAAGAAGCAGACAAAGUAUGGCGUCCCACCAAGUCAACAUCAAUUGCAGGACAAAAAAGAAAGAAUUCCGACUCGUUGGACAAUCACAUAGAGAGUGAACAUGUGGAGGAGAUACAACAUCAACAGCAAUUGCCACCACCUUACCCACAAACACCUGAACCAGCCAAACCUGCCCUCUCCCCCUUACUUACUAGUUUGUUGAAGUCACCCUCACAAGUACAAAACUCUUCUAUACUGCACACUGCGAUUACCAAUCGCCAUGUUCCCAAUACAAAUACUAAUCCAAUGAUUGCAAGUCUACUAAACUCGUCCACUGGUGUUACGGUAUCACCUGGAUUACAACAGCUAGUGAGCACAGCAAUUGGCCAGGAAGCGAACAAUGUGAUAGACAUAGAUCAACAACCCUUAAGAAAUGACAUACUGGACGACGAAAAUCUACCAAACAUCAAAAUAGACGAUUUAGCAAAUAGCAUCCUGGUACAAGAUGGCCCACUACCCGAAAUCAAGAAAGAAGAAGUUGACGACAUUAUUUCAGAGAUUAUCGAAAAUGCUCAUGAUAUCGUCAAUGAUCCUGAGCAGCACCUACAACUAGAUGGCAAUGGAGAUAUAAAUAUCAAUCUAGAACUAGACGACUUUGAAGAAGAUCUGCAAGAAACAGAACAACAACAGCACCAGCAACAAGAAACGGCUGUUAUGAAAGAGGAAAUCCCGCAGGAGCAAAAUAUCGUUGAGGCCUCAGUAGAAAUACCAACACCGAUUACUCAACAACAUUCCUCUACAACCCCACCUCAAACACAGCUAUCCAUAGCUCCGCCAACAGUUGUUGAUCCUUUCGAGUUUCAAGAAGAUCCUGUUAUACAUCUCGACCAAUCUAUCAAAGUGUCAAAUAUCAACAAACAAGAGCCUAGACAAUAUGUUCCUCAUUAUCAAAUGCAGCAACCACCUCAAGUUGCUUCAGUUGAAGCUGCUGAUGAGAAGAAUGAACAUGACAAAAAAGAGGAAAUUAAGAAAGAGGUAGAAACAACUGAGAGUGAAAUGAAAGAAAGGGAUGUAGAUGGCGAAAAUAUUACACAGAGCCAGAAAGAGCAGAUAGAUGAGAUGAAAGAGGAGAUUGAAAGUGAGGUGGCUGAACAGGACAAAGAGUUAAUGAAUGUGGAGCCAGAAACAAUAACAGAUGAGGUGCCAGAAAAAUCGCUUGUUACCCCUCCAGAACCACCGAAAAUAGAACGAACCUCGGUACCUGGCUCAGUUGAAAUAGUGGAAGUGAAUGAUGGAGAUGCUGAAGAAAUAGACAAAGAGCUAGAUAAAUCCCAAAUCCAGGAUAUAGUGCAUUCCAUGAAGUUGGAAGAAACACAAGACAUAAAGUCUCCUAUGCCAGAACCAGAAGUAGAAAAAAUAAAGUCAGAAACUGAAGUGAGCAGCCCACCAGAAAGCAAAGACACCGCCUCUAUAGCCACCUUUGAGGAAUCUUCAGAAUCUUCUGAUGUGACAAUGGAUGUUAAGAAGGAAGUCGUGGUACAGGAUGUUGUAGAAACGACGACAGUUACUUCUGAUUUCACGAAUGAUCUUUAUGAUGAUACCAACAUGGAAGUGAAAAUUGACAAGAGUGGUAAAGCAAAGAGGGAUUACUCGAGAACUAAAAAGAAGGAGGAAAAAGGUUUUGACAUGUUACUGGCCAUUGAAAAGGCUCAACUAGAGGACAGCGAACUGACAGAAGAGAACUUUUCGGACAACACCACUGACACGGAAAAGAAGGACAUAAAGAUGAAAAUCAAAUCCGAGACGGAAAGAUCGAAUAGUCCUUGGACCGAGGAAGAGGACAACUCGAAGGGUGGCAAAAGGAGAUACUCGACCCCGGGAACGCCUAUCGAUUCUGUGCCGAAUUCUCCUGCUUCUAGUUUGACUUUCAACUAUGAGGAUGACAGGGAUUAUAAGAAUUGGAAGAAAUCUGUCAUGUUGGUGUAUAAUAGAUUGGCCACUAACAAGUAUGCCUCGUUGUUUUUGAAGCCGAUAACGAAUGAACAAGCUCCAGAAUUGAAUUUUUCAGGCUACAGCAGUACAGUUUUUCGUCCGAUGGACCUCCAAACCAUCAAAAAGAACAUAGAAAACGGCACAAUCCGCACCACGCUCGAAUUCAAGCGAGACACGAUGCUCAUGUUCACAAACGCGAUAAUGUACAACAGAACCAACGAGACGAUCUACAACAUGGCGAUGCAGAUGCAGCAAGAGUCGUUGGAGCCGAUCGAAAUCCUCAUGCUGGCAGGGAGUCGAGAUGUGCCUCUAAGGAGGGAAACUAGGACUAGCGAGUCGUGUACGAAACGUAAACGUACUAUAACCGAUGAGGCGCUGUUGAAGUGCACGAAGAAACGCAAGGAAGAUUAGCAGGAGGAUUGGGAUCACAAUGAGGAGCUAUUUUAUUAGGACCUCAUCUUGAGGUAUUAAAGCGAGUUCAGUUGAAUUGUCACUAAGGUGAUGUUUGAUCCAGUAUUGUGGAGAUUUGUCAAAACAAAUUCGAAUUAUAAAUAGUUAGGAAUAAAGUUUAUUUUGAAAAGUAAUGUACAGAUAUUGUUUAUUCAUGUCAGAAUAUGCCAAUAAAAUUCUUUCUUUGAGUUU